UCCAAUAUGGUGGUCGGCUCUCAGGAUCUCCGUGUCUCGUUGUUGAUACUGUUGGUCUGCGGAUUCCAGUCGAGCGUGAGCAGCCAAAACUCCCGGCCGCAGGUAAUCGGCCUGCGACUGGAGAAAGAUGUGCAAGACGACCAGGUGUACAUGCGAGAACGGGUUUUAAUCGCACCGCACGGCUACAGCUUUAAGCUUCGGGUAUUCGGUUCCUACCUGUUUAAUGGAACCUGGCCGUGGCUCGCUUUCGCCCGAAAACAUAAAGACGCCGAUGCAGGUGCUGUUCAGGAUACAUGUGAUCAGGAGAACCUGCGCAACUCCUCCGCUUUCCAAGUGCGCGGAGAGUUUGAAGCAAAUGAAGCCAACAGCUUCUUGAUUAAAGUCCAAACCGCGAAGAAAAGCAUCUUAUUAGAUCAAGGAGAUCCUUUUUUGCAUCACUUGUGCUUGUUUAAUGGAAAAACCUGGGAGACAGUGGGGCAGGAUAGAUUUCAAAUAGAAGACCCUCCUGACUGGAUCCCUACUUGGGGUCUGGCCCUAAUUAUCAUCCUGGUGAUUCUCAUAUGUGCUUUGCUACAAUGUUUAAACCUUAGUUUGCUCUGGCUUGACCCUCUUGAGCUCUAUGUCCUGCACAGUUGUGGAUCAGAGCACGAAAGAAAGCUUGCAAAGCGCCUGGAGCCGAUCCGUAGAAGAGGCAACUUUCUUGUAUGCUCCCUACUGUUCCUGUGUGCCUUGGGUCACUCAGUCCUUGGGGUGAUGUUCUACCGCAGCUUCGGAUCCAUCCUACCUGCUGUAUUCGUUUGUGGCACUCUCAUAUUUCUGGUUGCUGAGCUGCUGCCAUAUAUAAUAAGCUCAGGUUAUGGCUUCCAGCUCGCCCCAGGCCUCGUAUGGUUGGCCCAGACCUGUCUGAUUAUCACCUGCCCUUUGUCUUGUCCCUUAGGGCUCGUUCUUGAUUUGGUCCUACGGCGGGAUGUGAGCACUUGCGGAGUGCGCGAGAAGGUCAUGGAACUUAUCCGGUCCAAUGUGACCGAUCCGUACAGUGAGUUUGUUAAGGAGGAGUUCCGGCGCGGGACAUUGAGGAGCAAGACCGUGGAGGACAUCCUGACGCCACUAAAAGACUGCUUCAUGCUGGCCUCAACAGCCGUGCUGGACUUCAACACCAUGUCGGAGAUCAUGCAAAGCGGGUACACGCGUGUUCCUGUGUAUGAAGAAGAACGCUCCAACAUCGUGGAGAUCCUGUAUGUCAAGGACUUGGCCAUGGUGGACCCUGCUGACUGCACACCUGUGACCACCAUCACCAAAUUCUACAACCAUCCUCUACAUUUUGUUUUUAAUGACACCAAACUGGACUCCAUGCUUGAGGAGUUCAAGAAGGGAAACUCUCACCUUGCCAUUGUGCAAAGGGUAAAUAACGAAGGAGAGGGAGAUCCCUUCUAUGAGGUACUGGGUCUGGUUACACUGGGGGAUGUUAUUGAGGAGAUUAUAAAGUCUGAGAUCCUGGAGGAGUCUGAUGGCUAUAUGAACAUGAAAGUAAAACGUCCUUUUCCACCACUGGAGAUUCCUCUUGAGGCACCUGCAGUACAAGAGGAGUUCUCUCUGUUCAAGCCGCCUGAAGGGGAGGCGAAAAUCCGAACAUCUCCUCAGCUCCUGCUUGCCACACAUCGCUUCCUGUCCCGAGAAGUGGAACAUUUUAGCCCACAGCGUGUGUCAGAAAAAGUGUUAUUUCAUCUCUUACGGCAUCCCAGUGUUAAUCAAGAAGUGAAGUUUGACCCAAGCAAUCGAUUGAGUCCUGAUCACUACAUUUACACACGAAACCACCCUGUGGACUACUUCAUUCUGCUGCUGCAGGGUCGUGUGGAAGUAGAAAUUGGAAAAGAGGGCUUGAAGUUUGAAAACGGCGCCUUCACAUAUUAUGGUGUGUCUGCUCUGACGGCACCUUCCUCUGUGCAUCAGUCUCCAGUGUCGACACAACAUCGCUCACCCAAAGACGCAUUUGAGCUGGGAGAAGCCACCAGCCCAUCCAGCUACUGCCCUGAUUACACAGUUCGAGCCCUCACCGAUCUUCAGCUUAUCAGGGUAACUCGUUUGCAGUACCUCAACGCCUUGAUGGCAUCACGAGUAGCACAGAGCCAUGAUCCCCAUGAGAUUAAGAUUCUGCCCAACAGCCAGACAAAACUUCUUAAUGAGAGGAACACCACCCAAGGUACAAGCAAGAUUCAGGAAUGCAGAACUGAAGAAGCACCAUCAUGCCAGACAGAGGAUGUCUGAUAAAACUGAUAAAUUGUGGACCUUUAACACAGUUUUAACCUUUUAUGUCUUUAAUCCCUAGAUGGUUUUUUCUCCUUGGUGCUCACACCAAUUUUACUGCGGGUAAGUUAGUUUGGCUUGUGUGUUUUCGGCAUGGUCAAGUGUCAAAGCCUUUACUGUCUCUCAGAGGCAGCAUGUUAAGGCUUCUGUCAAUAGACAGAGCAGUAGCAGGGCAGCAGGAACUGCUCGGUUUUGCUUUCUACAUUUAAAUAAGAUACACUUUAUUUUUCCCAAUUUAUGUUCAGAUCUUCUAGGCUUUACACUUUAAGAAUUGAUUGCUAAAAGAGUGUUGAAGCAGACUCUUGCUGAGUUGGGAACAUUAAGGGUAUUUUUCUACCUGUAGUAUGUGUGAUUUUACAUAGGAAAGUACAGUUUUCCCCCUUUUUAUUUUCUUUAAGUUUUUGCAUAUUUGUCACAGUUUCAGAUACAAAUACAAUCUGAUAUAAACAAAAAUAGUUUUAUAAUCAUUUAAUUUAUUAAAAGACAAGUUAUCCAACACUGUUCGGCCCUGUGUGAAAAGUUAAUUUCUCAAUUUAUUAGGCAACCAAACAUAUAUAAGUGAUAACUUGGCUCACUCACUAGAUUCAGUUCUUCCAGAAGUCCACUGACAACUCAGUCUUCAUUCCCCUGAAAUAAGGUCAGCUUUAUAGUUCCUCAAUUAGAUAGAAAAAGGCAAAACCACUGCUAAUCAGGAGCUAAAUAAAGGCUAAUCUUACGUAUUAGACCACAAGUCAUGAUUUAAAACUUAUUCAGAUGCUGAGGAAGGACUUUAAAAGGGCAAACCUCCUGUGUGGCUGAAUUUAAGCAAUUCUAUUUAAAUAGUGGGCUAAACUUGUCCAUUGUGAUGUCAAAAACUGAUCUCUGGUUAUUGAAAGCCAUCUAUUGCAGUUGUUUGCUGCUAAAAGUUUGGGGGUCGUUUUCUAUAAUCGAUAAAAUGAUGGACUAAAUAUGGUUUUGCGUUUACUCGGGUUGUUUUGAGCUGAAACGUGUGGCAAAUAAGCAGAAAUAAAACAAAUCAGGAUACAGGCAAAUACUUUUUCAUAGCACUGUAACCAUAUAAGGUAUAACAGGUGUAUUAAGUACCUUAAAUAAGUUUAGGAUAGAAAUAUACAAAUUAAAAGUACAGAAAUAUCCCCAGCAACAAGCAAAUGUACAUUCCAGUAUUUCUGACAGUGCAUCCUUUUUUAAUAAGCAGUUUCAGUAAAAUCAGCCAAUAUACUUUAGAUAGUUCAGUAAUAGUGUAUGACUGGCCAAGAUCAAUACUAUACCAAAACUCAGAGUAUUAUAAGGUGGAUGGAGCCCUUUACUCCAUCACCACACCUACUGGUUGACAUGCUUGCUGUAUUUACAAACAUUAUAAUACUUAUAGGUCUCCCAUUACAUCUUGCACAUUUUGUAUAACUGUACAUGUCAUAAGGCAUUUACAAAACUUCCUUUCUGUUUGCUAGCUGGCAAAGCACCCCCUAGAGUUCAAAACUAAAAGAUCAAACAUAAAUGGUUGUAUUUUACAUAUUGCCCCUAAACUAAAGGGAUUUUCACUAUUAGGGCACAUGACUCUGACAGAACUUCACAUUGCUAAUAAUUUGUGUUGGUAAAAAGAAUAUAUUAACAUUUAUGUAACUCUGUUUACAAAUAAUCGAUAUUAAGGGAUUACAGUGUUCAACAAGUAUAUAGUGACCUGAGCCAGGUCUUUGCCAGGUCAACAACAGCGUCUAACAUUACGAAAACUCGCUUGACUAAAUGGGCACAAAUUUCUACAAACAAUUUUGUGGAAAAUCCUCUCAAAAAGUGGAGCUGUCAUAACCAACUCCACUUUGCCCAUGGUUGAUUAUUUGAUGUCCAUGAUACACAUACAUUUGGCCAUAUAGUGUACCUCAAGUUAAGUCAAAUGUGCAGAGGUCUGUCCUCUCUUUCUCUCUCUUUAUAUAUACACAUACACAUACCUCCUUGUUUCUACACUCACUGUCCAUUUUAUCAGCUCCACUUACCAUAUAGA